AUGUCACUAUUAAGCGAAAUUCCUGUUAUCUCCGGAAAAAUAUCAGUGAAGGGAAAAAUAGCUUAUGCUUCACAAGAGGCGUGGAUUUUUAAUGGCUCUAUAAGAGAAAAUAUCUUAUUUGGAGAAGAAUAUCAAGAAGAGAAAUACAGAUAUAUUAUACAUAUAACGGCUCUUGAAAAGGAUAUAAGUUUAUUUCCUAAAAAAGAUUUGACACUUGUAGGAGAAAGAGGAGUGAUCAUGAGUGGUGGGCAGAAAGCAAGAAUUAAUUUAGCAAGAGCAUUAUAUUUAGAUGCAGAUAUUUUCCUUCUUGAUGAUCCACUGAGUGCUGUUGAUGUUCCAGUAGCAAAAGAGAUAUUCGAAAAGUGUAUAAUAGAAUAUUUGAAAAACAAAAUUUGCAUUUUAGUUACACACCAAGUACAAUUUUUAAAUUUCGCAACUAAGAUUUUAGUUUUAAACAAGGGAAGAUGUAAAGCUCUCGGUAAGUAUAAUGAAUUAAAAAACUCAGAAAAGUAUUUAGGAAUUGCAUUAGAAAAAAUUACCUCAAAGCAAAACAUUGAACUGCCAAAUCCAAACUCCACUUUUAAUGAAGAAGAAACCUUUUAUAAUAAACAAGUCGGCACGCUUCAUGAUAAUUACGAUAUCAUCAAUAAUGAGGUAAAAACUAUAUAUAAUAAAACAUCUGACAAGGAAGAACAACAUCGAAUACUAGGAUUAUCUGUUUACAAAGCAUAUAUGAAUGCCGGAGCACGUUUUCCCUUUAAGAUUCUUAUAGUUUUUACGCUCAUUUUAUCGCAGACUCUACUUAGUUUCAGCGACUAUUGGCUGAUUAAAUGGUUGCAAGAUAACAAAAACUACAAUGAAAAUUUACAAUUCAAAAAUUUUACAUCAGAAUUAGAGACAAUUAACAACACGGAAUCUGUUAAUUAUCAUAUUCUGGAACUUAACAUAUACAUUUAUUUGGGCUUGGUUUGUGCUGUAUUUGUGGUCACAAUAAUUUCUGCUUCAUUGUUGUACGAAAUGUUCGUGUCUGCAUCUACUAACCUUCAUAAUAACAUGCUUCGCUGUAUUAUUCAUACGCCAAUAUCAUUUCUGGACAACAAUCCUGUAGGAAAAAUCCUAAAUCGAUUUUCAAAAGAUGUUAAUAACAUGGAUGAUAUGUUAACAUUCGUUUUCUAUGAAGCCAUAAGAGCAUCUGGCUUCUCUAUCGGAAUGAUUGUAAUUGAAGCGAUAAUCUGUCCUUAUCUCAUAGUAAUAACAAUCUUUCUCUUAAUCACAUUUUAUGCUUUGUGGACUACUCAUAACAGCGUUUUGAAAAGCAUAAAAUAUUUAGAAGGAAAAUCGAGAAGCCCGGUAUUUUCUCAUCUGAGUGCAUCCCUCUAUGGAAUUACAACGAUCAGAGCAUUUAAUGCUGAAAGCAAAUUUAUAUCCACCUUUAAUGAAUACCAAGAUAAGCAUACUGCAACGUGGUUCUUAUACGUGUCAUUAAAUCGAUGGAAUUGCUUAUACGGUCAAAUAAUUAGUUACGUAUAUCUAAUUAUUACCAUUAUUGUUGUAAUUGUUUUCGUGAAUACUGACGAUGUAGGAAGCAAACUAGGUCUUGUUAUGAAUUACGGAUUAAUGAUAUUUGUGCAUUUUCAGUGGAUAAUAAAACAAUCUUCUGAAACAGAGUAUCAGAUGAAUUCUGUUGCUCGUAUACUAAAUUACAGCAAUUUGAAAUUAGAAGCAGCAUACGAAUCUUCGACUGACGAACAACCUCCUGCAGAUUGGCCACGUACAGGGGAAAUUGAAUUUAAAAAUGUAUCUUUGCAAUACUCAAAAUAUAAAAACAUUGUUCUAAAUAACUUAACAUUUCGUAUCCAUUCGGGAGAAAAAAUAGGAAUUGUUGGACGAACAGGAGCUGGAAAGAGUUCAGUAAUUGCCGCUUUAUUUCGUAUGACAGAGCCAACAGGAACGAUAAUCAUCGAUGGUGUCGAUGUAAAGUCUAUAGGCCUUCGGGAUCUACGUAGUAAAUUAUCAAUCAUUCCUCAAGAUCCAAUGUUAUUUACUGGUCCUUUUCGAAGAAACAUUGAUCCUUUUAAUGAAUAUUCAGAAGACUUGUUAUGGCAAGUUAUAGAAGAGGUUCAAUUAAAAGACGUUAUUGGGAAGUUACCUGGAGGGUUGGAUACACACGUAAGUGAAGGAGGUCGAAAUUUCAGCGUUGGACAAAGGCAGUUAAUAUGUUUAGCAAGAGCAAUUCUUCGUGACAAUAAAAUUUUAGUUAUGGACGAAGCAACAUCCAAUAUGGAUAAAGACACCGACUGCUGCGUACAAAAAGUAAUUCGAGAAAAAUUCAAACAUUGUACAGUGUUGACAAUUGCCCACAGAUUACAUACUAUUAUCGAUUCGGAUAGAGUUCUGGUUCUCGAGUCAGGAAAAGUUAAAGAAUUUGAUACGCCAUAUACAUUACUGAAGAAUGUAAAUGGUAUUUUUUAUAAUUUGGUGAACAACACGGAACAAACGCUGAUCAAAGAGCUAUACAAAAUCGCGAGAGAUAAGUAUAAUAGCAAAGAAAAUACUGCUAUUACCAAAUUAUAA